CGUGAGUGGCUCCUGAUAAACAGGGCAAGACAAACCAAAAUAGACUUUACUGAUCAUGAUGUUUACGAGUUUUUUCAAUGUUUCGGUAUCAAAAUUAGACUAUUACAUCGCCGGGAAAAUUCAGCGUUUUACGCUUCUUUUCUUUUCUCUGUUUGGUUCGUUUUAAUUGCAGUUGAACAAUUUAAUCUGCUUUAAAUUGAAGUAAUCAAAGAGAUGAAGAAACGUUCGAUACUUUGGAUUUGUUAUCUCGUGAUUCACUGGGUCACAGGAUCUAUUCAAGCUAUUGUGUACCCAAGCAUGAUCGAUGCUCCAGACACGCCAACAAGAGCCAUCAUUGGCAAAACUAUUACAUUUAGGUGGCACUAUAAUUCAGGAGAUCUGAAGGAUGAUCUUUACGAGGUGGUUUUUGGUAUUUGGAAGAGUCCUGGGUUCCUGAAAACAAAGUUGAUAGCUGUCAACUCGAGUGGCUUUUCUUUAACAAGGCCCUCAUAUGAGUCAUCGGUAGGUUGGGCAGGAAAUUUGACAUCCUCUAUGGCUGUGUUUGAACUUUACAAUGUAAAGCUUGAAGACAGCAAAAAGUAUGGAAUUGUGGUAGAAUAUGGCCUCCAAAAUACCCCGUUGACCGGCACAGUUCAGCUUCAAGUUGUGUCCGAACUUCAAGCUAAAUUUAGACACACAGAUCCACCAAAAACUGCCACUCCACAACAGAGAAAUGUUACCACAGUAGUGUAUACCACUAACAAACUUGGGUCUACAGAAACGGUGAAAGAGCCCAGCGGUUCAGUGCCAAGAAAAACAUCGAAGAAAUUCCCCUUUACAUUGGCGGUGGCAUCCGGAGUUAUCCUGUUUGGUGUCAUAACACCUAUUGUGCUGAAGGUUUGGUUUCACCAUCGUAAAAAAGCUUCAAAUUCGGCUCACAUCAGGCUGACGAGUUCGAGACAAACCCACUUUGCUCAGAUCAGUUCGGCUUAGCUAAAUUAUGCUAUAUCAUAAUUGUGGGCAUAAUGCUAGUGUCAGAACAUCGAGAAUAGGGCCAAGAGAACGACUGAGAUUCUUGAGCAUAACGCGUGCAACUACGUUUCUAUUACUUUUACUAUUACUAUUAGUUUUUAUUCCUAUAAUACGUUUUACCUGUCGGUGGAAGGGAGAGAGAGGGGGGGGGGGGACUUUAAAGGCUUUUAAGUGAAUAUUAAUCUCUAUUAAUGUGAAUCUGGGCAUCGAUAACUAUUAGGUCUGGACAGUUUAGAUAUUAGCCCUUCCUUAAGAUUGAGCAGUUUGUUCGGUAUUCAAGUCAUAAGCCUGUGGACACUAUUUAACAAAUGGGAAACACCACAGAGUA